AGCAAGGAGGACCGGUAGUCACUAGUCAGAGACUCAGAGCGAGGAGUGGUCUCGUUUUCCGCUGGGCUCUCCCUGUCUCUCUAUCUCGUAGAGUGUCGGCACUCGGAAACUCCCAUCCUUUCUUUCUUUUUAACAAGCGUCAGGCGUCGCCUCCCCCCGUCGCCCCUCGUGUCGCUCACCGUCGCAUCCUCGGCCGAAGUUGGGGGUUUCUGGACUCCUCUCUCUCUCUCUCUCUCUCUGAGCUGUCGCUCCCUUGGCCGGAUCCCAGUAAAAGCUCUCGGCCCUUUCCUCCCCUUCCCGUCUUUAAAUUGAUCCCAUUGCGGACCUCUGAGGCCCAUACCAACUCUUCCGCUCUGGUUCUCUCCUCGCUCUUCCCCUCUUUUCUCUCUUCUUGAGGUGCUUCUGGAAGAGGGGAAAUGGCGGUGGAUCCGAGACAGGUGCUGGCGGCGUUCUUGACGAUCUCCAUGUUUGCGAUGCUUGGGAAUAUGAUCAAGAAGGACCACUUCGAUAAUGCGGAGGUGGGUCUUCUCACCUUAUCGUCAGAGCCGGAUAAUACAUAUAGUGUAAUGAGAGUUGAAGAUUCAGAAGAACGCAAAGGUUCUAAAGUGAAAGAAGGGCCUUGGAGUGAAUAUGGCCAAGGACUAAAAACUUGUUGGAAUAAACCUGCUAUAAUGGAGGCAGAGCAACCAAAAGGCUACAUUACGUUCUCUUUGACGGGUGGUCCUGAGUACCAUGUCUCGCAGGUAUCUUGGUCUCACAAUGUUUCUUGUUGGUUGUGCAUCUAAUGCUUCUUUGCAGUCUAUUUCAGUUAUGCAGGGCAAUAGUUUAAUAUUUGUAUUUCCGAUUGUUGGGUGGAUCUCUGAUCAGGACACCACCUCCCAAGAUCUUUUCGUACUAUGCGAUGC